CUGGGUCUCAGGAAACCCAGGUUAGAAAAGUAUCGGAGCCAAGAUACGUCAAGCAUACCACAUAAAUGACGCGUUUGUCAAGUUUUAGCGUCAAAAUUUAAGGCUCCAUUCAGUAAAUUGGAAAACUACCACUGCACUAGUGGCUUCUCCAACCCUUCCCACGUCGCUGCUUGAAUCUUUUUUUUACGUUUGAAAAAGACCGACCAACUUAUAAUUAACAAAUAAAAGCACUAAAAUAAGCAUUCGGAAUCGAUAAGGUGACCUCUUGCUCACCAAUAGAAAAGUGCUUUCGCGGUUGAUGUCGCGAUCAGAGGCAUAAGAGGGUGGCUAAGCAGCCUUUAUUGAAGAUACGUCGCUUGCAUGAGGCGAUUCAGCGUGCAUGGCGCAUGAAUGCAUUCAGUCACGAGGUGGAUGACCUCUUAAUUAUCGUGCCGUUUUUAAAACAACAUAAAUCAUACGUUUCGGCAUUGGGGAUGAUCAACGGCCCUAGAAUUACUGCAUGUGUAGAGGUAGACUUCAAGUAAGACUUGUAACAUACUUUGGUUGUCAAGAUACGGUCCAUUCUUGGAACUUUUUCAUAGCGGUGAUGUGGAUGGGUUGGAGCGCCUCUUUGUACUCGGACUAAGAAUAGAAAUUGUUCUAAAAGCAACAUAGUUAAAGUUCGUCUCGUGGGCCGUAUAGGUAAGAUUCGUUGACCUUGUUAUGCCUAGCACUGUACGCUCUAGUGACUAAAGAUUAGAGUGAAAUGCUUUCUGUUAUUUUAUGAUCCUUUCCUUUCUCCUCCUAUCAAACCUCCACGUUUCUUUUAUUUUAUGAUUUCUGUCUCAUUGUCUCUUUCUUACUCUUGCUAUAUCGUCGCCAGUUGCUUUUACACGCUCGGGUAAAGUCAGUUAAAAAACUACCACAAUGUUUCAAAAAUGUACGAAAACAAUCAAGUUAAUGUUUAAUUUAAAAUAAUUACCCCGUAUUAACAUACAUUUAAUUAAUUUGGUUAAUGUUGGACUGCAUGUUGCAAAAUAGCUUUAAAUAGUUACAGUUUCUGAAAAUGGCGACUCUAUCCUUGACCUCAGCUUCCUUCUCUUCUUCUUACUACUUCUCCUCCGAACAAAAUCAAAGGACUUUACACCAACUCAGUGGGGUUCAGGUGAAAUUUCUUUUAAUCUUAGCAGCAUCUUGGAUGCUUCAAUUUGUAGGUUUAGUGCAUCUGGACGGUGUAUUGGCGCAAGGCGCUGUAGGGUGAAAGGCUCCAAGAGUCAGGGUGUGACAGCCACACCCCCAUUCUCAGAGACUCGAGUUGGGUCUCACGAGCUCUGUCACGCUUUAGGUGCAUUUGGUUUUGUUGCGUUUGGUUCUCUGGCACGGCAUCACAUUCCAAAUAACCCAUUUUGACUACAUAAGCAACAUUGGUGAAAUUAUUGGAGGCAGAAAACCGGCAAGCAGCAUUGUAGUUGUGUAGGCAACGGCCAUUCUUAGAUAGGCAUGUGCCUUUGGAUCUCACAGCUUUGUCAAUCGCACAUGUUUUAUAGUCUUUCAGAUUCAGCCCUGCAGUAUGUGUGCACAGACUAACUUUACGGAAUGUCAUGAUGUGUUGGAAUCGGAUUACAGCUUAAGCGUAGGCGUUUCCUUGAGCUAUCUUUCGCGUGACUCAGAUCGAUUAGGAAAGAAAUGAACAUGGACUUCCUUUGUUUUGGCCCUUGAAGUGUACAAACAACAUCAAUGUGUUCAAAUUGUUCAGGUGAUAGCGUAAAAAACUUUAAUUUGAUUGGAAUAAUAAAGCAAAUAAAUCGCAUAGUAUUUUUAAAAUGCAUGAUUUGUGUGACUUAAAAGCAGAACGAAGCAGAUGAAUCUGUUGAUGGUAUAGUGUGAUGGAACCAACUCGUACUGCUUUAUCUACUUUCAGCAGGCUAAAAUUUGUACUUCUCCGUUCAGUCACUACAUAAGCAACGGUGCUGCCAUCUAUACAUUUGUUUUCGUGAACUUGAACCACGUAGAAACAAGUGGCGGUUAUCGAACAGACGCAAUAAUCAGAACUUUUCUUUCUCGGCUUAGAUGGGCCCGCGAUAGUGGUUGUCAACAUAUUUGUAAGAAGUAUCUCAAAAAUUGAUGACGUGACGAUGAAGCGACGGUAGUAAACGUGAACAUCUUUCUGCGAUCUAUCAGCAAAAUAGACGAUUAUAAAAUGGAAUACAGCGUCCAGUUAACAUUCCGUGAGCAGUGGCUGGAUGAGCGACUCAAGUUCAAUGAUUUCGGAGGGAAAAUAAAGUACCUGACUCUGACGGACGCCGCCAGGGUGUGGAUGCCGGACUUGUUCUUCUCCAACGAGAAGGAGGGCCACUUCCACAACAUCAUCAUGCCCAACGUCUACAUCCGCAUCUUCCCGUACGGCUCCGUCCUCUACAGUAUCCGCAUUUCGCUAACGUUAUCCUGCCCGAUGAACCUCAAGCUGUACCCGCUCGACAGACAAGUGUGUUCUCUGCGGAUGGCCAGCUACGGCUGGACCACAAACGACUUGGUGUUCCUGUGGAAGGACGGCGACCCCGUGCAGGUCGUCAAGAACCUACACCUACCACGCUUCACCCUCGAGAAGUUUCUCACAGACUAUUGUAACUCAAAGACUAACACAGGAGAGUACAGCUGUCUCAAGGUGGACCUCCUCUUCAAACGAGAGUUCUCGUACUACCUCAUCCAGAUCUACAUUCCCUGCUGCAUGUUGGUCAUCGUGUCCUGGGUGUCCUUCUGGCUGGACCAAAGUGCUGUUCCGGCGCGCGUCUCCCUGGGCGUCACCACCCUGCUCACCAUGGCCACGCAGACCUCAGGUAUCAACGCCUCGCUGCCGCCCGUGUCCUACACCAAGGCCAUCGACGUGUGGACGGGCGUGUGCCUCACCUUCGUGUUCGGCGCGCUGCUCGAGUUCGCCCUCGUCAACUACGCGUCGCGCUCCGACAUGCACCGCGAGAACAUGAAGAAGCAGCGCGCCGCCUGCGAGGCGCUGGACCACCCAGACCCCAGCGACCUCAUGGAGGACGGCAACACCACCUUCCCGAUGGUGCGGCAGUGCGAGAUCCACAUGCAGCAGAGCCGCCCCAACUGCUGCAAGACGUGGCUGUCCAAGUUCCCGACGCGCUCCAAGCGCAUCGACGUCAUCUCGCGCAUCACGUUCCCGCUCGUGUUCGCGCUGUUCAACCUCAUCUACUGGUCCACGUACCUGUUCCGCGAGGAGACGGAGGACUCGUAAGCCUCCGCUUCACGCCGCUCCACGCCGCUCCACUCGGCAGGGGAUCUGGCGAGGCCGAGGCCGUCACUACAUCGAGUGUCGCCGCAAAGCGAUCCCUCCGUUCCCAACCAAAGCGAGUGCACACUGUGAACCGUGUCCGUGUGUGCCUGUGUGCAUGUGAGUGUGUCUGAGUGUGUGCCUGUGUGCGUGUUGGCGACACGGGGGCUCCCAAUCUGCUCACUUGUUUAGCCAAACGACUAUUUUGUCCGAGGAGAGCCCUCUCAGUCGCCGAACAAAAAAAAAACAAAACAAAAAGAAACAGAAAACAAAAAAAAAAGAAAGGACGAGAUCUGUGAUCAUAUUUUUUACUCUAAGUCGUUCGUCGCGCUGGAAACUCGAUAGUGACGGACACUACAGUGUUGCCAUGUGUAUAGUUAAUCGUCCUCGUAAUUUAAGGUGGCCGCGAGCCGCGAGCGUCACACAGGUGCUGCGGCGACCGCGUUCCUUCCAAGGCCUCGUGGGACCUCGCGGGACGUUUCGGACGCUCCACUGCAAGGCCUGGAGUCCGCGGACGUCUCGUCUCCACGCUCCAGGACUUCCAAGGACGCGCCAGCAGUCCGUCGCGGCGCCGCAGGACACGCGGCAUUAUACAGACUAUGGUCAACUAGCUCUAAGUAUUCCAUUUGUACAAAGACGGCUCAAACUACGUUAGGGUAAUUGUUUAACUGUUUGUGGACGUGGUAGGGACGGCAGCAGCCGGGCUAGCCCACGCCACGUGAGGCCCUGGAUGAGUACCUGGCCGUCUAUGUUGUAGUGUUUGUAUACGGUGUCUCAUCUCUCAUACGUUGUGUAAAUACGCCACAGUUUGUGUUUAGAAUUCUAUGUGUAUGUGCGUGAGUGUUCCUACCCAAAGAAGCAAAGGGUUGUGCGACUACCUUCUGCGUUACAAAUCCACGUAGCUUUGUCAAGAAAAAGACACGCAACGAUUCCAUUCCAGUCCUCCCAGGCGGUGAAUGGAUGGUCUAGAAGGGGCAGGGCAGGCAGGGCAGGCAGGGCUCGAGCGCAGUCCGCAGUGCGUGGGUGCGAUGCCACUCCCAGGUCCCGGGGGUGCCCCGAGGGGUGCCCCGAGGGGUGCCCCGUCGCGACGGGUGCCCUGGACGUCAACAUGAGGGAGGCGCCGCCUAGUCGCGUGACCCGGUUCGCCAUUUUGAGGAGGUUCAGAUCUUGAAAAUGUUUCCCCCGGAAUCGAGCCGAGGUAGAACGAGGCAGGCACGGGCACUGCCCGUCGGGCAGACUGGGCAGACGGUCCCUGGCCUUUCACGACACGCACACCUCCUCGCCACGGGGCUCGGCCGCGCCGCCACGCCACUGGGAGCUCGGCACGGACGGCACGGCGGGCCCGCCGGGGGAAGUCCACCCCUGCCAAGUGCGUCGCGGCCAUCGGACUGCAAGUUGUGAUGCCGCCAGUACUUCCCGACUGUAAAUAUGUGUUCUCUCCUCAAAAUAAUAAUAAUUAUAAUUAAUCGUAUUACUAUGGUACUUACUACCAUCUCCUUGAACGCUUACAACCAACAAAAGCAGGCUGCGAGCGAAGCCAGCCGCUCAUCCAAUUUCAUUCCCUUGCGCAAGUACCCCCCGUCCCAGCGACUGCGGUCACACGGAACUGGGUGAGAAAGAACGGUGGAAUUUUUGUUUGGGGAAAACCAAUGUCGCGUCAAGAAACCAAGGAACACUGAAACUGUCAACAGGAUUUGGAUUUGUUCUACCCACCACCUGGACUUGCUUUUGCCAUGCUGGUUGUGAAACUGGUUGUAGGACCAAUAACUUUCUCUCCCAACGGACCCUUUUAAACAAAACAUGGUUUAGAGUGUGAUUAAUCUCACUGUAUUUUAGUUCGAUUGUAUAUGCUCUUUUCUUUUUAUUCAAGCCAAAGCUUUGUGUUCUGGUGUUGUCAUUUCUCCCCGACUGUCAAAUAGCUUAGAUCUUAAAGAAUUGUCAUGAAAAUCUUCUCUACACUUUUGACGGGGAAUGGAUAAUAUUGAAGAAUUAUAAAAUGUCAAACCUACCUCAUUUGCAUGUCUAACCAGACUACUACCAUAAUUGUCUGUAGUUUAGCUCAUAACAGUAUCACAACUUCACAUAUCUCAAGAUAAAUCAUUCAAAAAUAGGGGAGAAAAUAACAUCUACAAUAGCUCAGGAAGGACUUUAUGGAAGUUGGAUCUUGUGAAAUUUGGAACAAGCAACUAAAGCUUUCACUGCUGGCAAAGGAUACAUACAAACAGUGCCUGUCACAUUUAUUGUUAAGUCUUCAAGACCAUUGGUACAAAGCUAUUGAGGAGUUGACACUACUCAUGACCUUCCAAACACCUCCAACGUUGUGGUAUUCUGUAUACUUCUACUAUGGUUGUUUCUUUGCCUCUUGUGCGGGAUUGAUGAAAAUAUCAUCAGACUUACUAACAUAGGCCAAAUGCUACUGUUUAGGAAGUACUAGACAUGAAAUAAGUGUAUAGAGAGAAAAGAAUGUACAUUUUAUUUAGUUUAAACUUAAUGUGUAGAAUCAAAACCAAAAAAGAAAAAAAUACUUGGAAGAUGAAAUAUUGACCUUUUAAAACCAAGACCUAAAAAAGAGAACAUUCAUCCACAGUUCUGAGUUUGGUAUAGUGGUGUAACACCUGUUAUUUUAAAAGCAAAACUAAAUCCGAUACAAUUAAAGCUAUUGCUUGGCAUUGUGUAUAGAAAAACUGUGGUUCUCUGAUGCUUCCUACUUGAUAUUGAACAUAAAUGAAAUCAGUGGAACAUGGCAUAACACUAUAAAGUCAAUUAAUCCACAUGGUAAUGUAAAUACAAAAAAAAUAAUUCUGAAUGUUACCCUUACCUUGCUCACCUAACAAAGAUUCCACACAUGUGUUUGAAUGUAAAUACCUUAAAUUAAGGGACUGCAGUUAUAAUGUAAAACCUUAGUUCCAUCUAUAGCCUUUCACUUACAUGAAAUGUUCCCCUCAAAGCAACUGUUGGUAACUUCUUAAAUAGAAUUUUUAAUAUCCUAUGUUUUAUUAUAUUCUUUCAUUCCAUUUGUUUUUCCUUUGACAUAUUCGUCCAUUUGAAAAAAAAAAAAUCAAAUCAUAUAAGAGACUUUAUGCACAAGGAAUCUGAUGGAAUCAAUACUUGGAAUAAAAUGUUAAGUGGAAAUUGCGAAAUGACUUUUGACUUUGCACUUCACGAAAUCUGAAAUAAUCUUAAUUCACUUGUCACAAUGAUUCCCUCGUCUUCCAAAACAGUUGGCCUUAUUCUAACUUUCACUUUCUUUUCCAUAAACAGUAUUAGCUCUGAAGUGUUGUGAAAUACAGAAUUGUGUUGAAGUAACUUAUUUUAGGAUUGCUAGGGGGCUGUGAGAAAAAGUUUCUUUCCAACAAGGUAACGCUGGGUAAGGCAGGCCAAAAGUGGCAAAGAGGGCAGAAUCUAAUACUGGUUAUCGGAUACUAUUUUUUAUAAAAGCUAAAAGUUAAAAAAAAAAA